UUUGGGAGAGGGGCUUUGUCUUCUGGGAGUUGUGUUGAUUUGUUUGUUUGUUGAGGCAGGAUCUCGCUAGGUAGCUCAGGCUGGCCUGGAACUCACUGUGUAGACCAGACUAGUCUCAAACUUAGAGAUUGGUUUGCCUCUGCCUGCCGAAUGCUGGCCAUAAAGACGUGCCACCAUAUGCCCACCCACUUUUCACCUGUUUUAACACCAGCAACCUGGCACCCACCAAAGAACUUUUAUUUCUCUUCCUCAUCUGCCUCAGUUUCCCUCCUUCAUGGUAAACGACUCCCUAUUAGCCAAGAAGAGUCUGUUCUAGGGUCCCAGUCUGAUCAACUUCUCCUGAUUAGAAAAUGCAGGGCAGGGCAGGGAGUAGGGAGGAGAAGAUGAAGGCAGGUCAGUGCUGGUCUGCCUUCUGUUCCUACCUACUCACAAGCUUCCCUCAGAAGUGCGGAUGUACUAAUACGCUGCAGUGGGAUGACUGUGGAAAUGCAAAUGUAUUACAGUGGGGGCUUUUGGGUAUAACUGGAUCUGUGUAAUUUUUGUCUGUGAGUAUACAUUCAUGGGUGUGACUUGUAUGAGGUUACAUGACCAACGUAUGACUGUGAAUGGGUAUGAGUGCAACUGACUAUCAGGAGAUGCCACCGUGGAUCAUGGCUGUCCUGAGCUUCUGUAACCUCAGCCCCCUACAUCAUUCACUAGCUCUCUCCCAUCUUCUCUGUUGGGGCUUAGAAGCCCGUGGGGGAAAUGGCAGUCCUGGAAGGGGAUAAGGUCGCUGGCAACAGGCCAAGGGUUAGAAAGCCCAGCAUCACAAGAUAAGCCAGGCAUCACCACCUGGGUCUGACUCACCUAGUGCCUGAGGCAAAGCACAGCUAGAUAAAAGCUGGGGGAGCAGAGGAGAAAGAAAGGAGGAAACCUCUAGGCUGAGCAGCAUGGAGGGGCUCUCCCCCACCGGCAGCCUCCCGCUGAUAUUGUUGCUUCUGAGCCCAGCUCCUGACACAGCCUUGCCACUGCCCUCCAGCACUAGCUGCUGUACUCAGCUCUAUAGACAACCACUCCCAAACCGGCUGCUGAGGAGGAUCGUCCGUGUGGAACUGCAGGAGGCCGAUGGGGACUGUCACCUUCAGGCUGUUGUGCUUCACCUGGCUCGGCGCAGUGUUUGUGUUCAUCCCGAGAACCGCAGCCUGGCUCGGUGGUUAGAGCGCAAAGGGAAAAGGCUCCAGGUCACCGUACCCAGUUUCAAUCCGAUACUACAAAAGAAAAUGUACUCCAGCCCCCAACAGCAGAACUAAUAAAGCAACAUUAGACAAUAAUGUCCAAAAA